ACUCACCUCGCUACACUCCUUCUGAUCUUGCCCAUCAAGACCAAUAUCGUCAACGCAACCAAGCUGUCAUUACGGGAGCUUCUCUCACUUUCUCAACCUACUUCCAAGGCCUCUAUCCACUCGGUCGAUAUCAACCACCUGGAGUGCCAGCUCAACAUCUCUCGGGAACAUCAGAGAUUUGAGGAGCUUCAAGAAAGAGCGCAAUCCAUCUCUGAUAGUUGCAAUAGGGACUUGCGGGUCAUGAACAAAAAGACUCUGGCCAUAUGUAUCCAAGUGCACAAGGACCUGACCAAAUCUGAAAGGCGCAGCUACCAUGCGCAGCUAAGCGAUUGGAUCCCGACUUUGUUGNACAUCAACGAUCGAGCUCUUUUGCCACUCGAUUACAAGAUAUCACCUAUCAAGCGCUUUAUCGGACAGACCUUCCUGGAUGACUUGAGAUAUGCAGAGUCUAAAGCAUGGUUGCUGGCAUACAUUGUUGAGCACGACAUGUCGAACAGUUAUCUGACGCUCAAAGCCUAUUGUGAAGGCACGUUGGCACCGUGCAUGGGAGAUGAUGCUUUUGUUUCCCGCAAGCAGUCUUUCAUAGAGCUCAAGGCUUGUAGCAAGAUCGAGGGCGGAGGCGUGGAGAAUGAUGGCAAGCGACAUCCA